AUGGCGCUCUGCGCCAGCCCUGAGCGCGCGGCGAUCCAGGCGAAGCUCCCGGAGUUUGACGCCCAGGAGCUCGUCGACCGGCAGAGGAGCCGGAGCCCCGAGGCUCCCGAGCUCCCUGGGUUGGAUAAGGCGGCCAGCGAAGGGGCCGCGGGCAGUCCGGCCACACACGGGCACCGCCGAGGUUCAAGAAGCGCCGGCGCCGGUGCCAGCACCCGAGCCAAGCCGACCGACGGAGCCGAGGUAGGCAGACGCGGCGAUGGCGGCGGGGCCAGCGGACACGGCGACCGAGGCGGGGACGGCGGACGCGGCGGCCGAGGCGGGGACGGUGGAUGCGGUGGCCGAGGCGGGGAUGACGGACGCGGCGGCUGA